AAAAUCCUGAUGAGCUGGAUGAAGAAUAUGAGCCUAUUGCUGGGCCCAAAAAGCAAAAGGAAGUUGGUGAAGAAGGAGCAGAAUGUGAUAAAAAAAAGCAAAAAGAAGUUGGCGAAGAAGAAGCAGAAAUUGAUAAAGAAAUACAAAAGGAAGUUGGCGAAGAAAGGGCUGAAGUUGAUAAAGGAAAGCAGAAGAAAGUUGGCAAAGAAGGAGCCAAAAUUGAUAAAGGAAAGCAGAAGGAAGUUGGCAAAGAAGAAGCCGAAGUUGAUAAAGAAAAGCAAAUGGAAGUUAACAAAGAAGAAGCUGAAAUUGAUAAAGGAAAGCAGAAGAAAAUU